UUUAUGAAAAUAGUAAAGACCUUGAUUAGAGCUUUGUGAUUGCUUCUCUGGGAAUAUUUAGGGUUUAAUUGCUGAUAAUAAAAUGAUAAGAAUCUUGGAUGCAUCGCUAUAAUAUACGCUUCAAGAUUGGCUGAAAGAAUUGUCGCCGAGUUACUUGAAGCAUUGCUGAAAUUCAACAAGUUGUUGCAACGCCAACAUUUUCAUAACCACGUUAGUUGGGUGUAGAACAAUCUUAUCCAGUCAUUUUUUUAUGACCUGGGACAACUUAUGGACAAAGGAAAGAAGACGAGAUUCUGUUAUGAGUUUCUGCGCUUGACCGGUGUAAAUUUAGGAAGAACCCUUGACAUGCAUGCCACCAGUUGUAAACAUGCAGGUAAAAUAUAUCAAACGUUGUUAUAGCAUUUCGAAAUUAUACACUUGCGACAUUGUAAUUACUUUAGAAAACCAGUUGUAAAAUGGAAAGAAAUUAUCGAAGUUGCGAGUUACAAAUUUGUGACAGUUACAGCAAAAAUGAUGAAAACUACACAAAAUAUUUCGUACUUGACCAGCAAGAAAAAAUCAUCGAAACAGCUAAAAUCUUGCACUCGUUCAGUAAACAAUUUUUCGCCGAGCCCCUCUCGUUUACAGACGAGAGAUAUUACAGCGUUGGCGACGCAUAUUUUUCGGAUUUUCAAAGUGUGGUACUAACGGUUGAUACCUUAAUCGAGUGGCUAGAGCGCUCUGGAAAUGAUGUGCUUCAAAAUGUUAAGAAAAAAGAGGCUGUUUUGCGCGGAAUGCUGCGAUUGACAGAACUCGGCAGUCAAGCUAGUCUCUUUAGUAUGCUGGAAUUGGCCUGCAAGUUCCUCGAUGUCCCAAAAAAUCCCUACCCAGCAGAACGAGAAUACAUAUCAGGCACCUUGGCUGAAGUUCAUGAUCAAAAACAAAGCAUCUACAAAAUCCUACGAGAGGCUGGCGAAACCUUACGACGCAUUAUCGACGAUGAUACGUUUGACAUCAGCAAGGGGAUGCAAUUUGAUAACGAUGUUAGAAAGGUUGAGUUAGAAAUUCAGUUUUGCCAACGACGUUUGGAUGGCGCGAAAAAAAUGACGGUCCAGUUAAUGCAAAAAAUGCAGUCGGUGAAAUGGUUUUCCCGAGCUGUUCGAGCCGUGGGAAUUCUCAUCACUUUGUACUUUGCGUAUUAUAAAUAUCAGAAUUCGACUAUAGCUUUUCCUAUCAUUCUUCUGGGGUUCUUUGUGUCUGUCAUAAUGUGGUUGUCAUUUUUUCCUUCUAACGCAUACGGGUUUUACGAGGCACUUUCUAAAUUGGAGGCCAAGCACCGUUUGUUAGACGAGGGACUGGACACCAUUAAUGAACGAUUGAGGAGCACCACUGACCAUAAGGAUAAAGUUGUUGACGCAAAAUUAACAACGACUUCAAGUAACUGAUCUCAAUAACUGGU